AUGCUCCCUAUCAGCAUUAUCUCGUUGUUGGCGUUCUAUGUCUGCGCGCUCGAACCGCCUUUCCCUCAGGCUGUUGUACAGGGAAUGGCCCAGCUUAGCUAUCUCCCCUCGUUGAUCAACACAAGCCAAUCAUUUACGGAAAUAAGCCCCGCUGAGCUCGCGGCCUUCCUGACCAGCGCCAGUACCGACACCACCGACCCCAAGAGCGAGCACGUUCCCGAACAUGACAACCGGAACGAUCAAUGGACCUUUCGUCGUUUAAGGCUGAGUAGAGUUACAAGCAGGUACGUACGCGCAAGGUCAGCGCUAACACUGCACACACAAAUCUUUGGCCCGGUCGGCAGCAUCAUUAGCUUGAAGCGCACGCAAGAUCGCAGCACAGCUAUUGCCGAGGGCCAAAUUACGCACCAAUCAGAUAAUGAUAUCUGGAAGAUGAAAAUGCCAAUGGGAAGGCGAGUCACUGUCAUCGGCAUUUUCCUUCUCAGGACUCUGGGAGUUGUCGGCUUAAUGCCACCAAAAAAGGAACUCAAGGAUACUGAUACUUGA